CAUUUUAUCCACCAAGUCUUUUCUGUCGUUUUUCUCAUAUGACAUGAACGCAGCACAAAACGACAGCAGGCAUAGGUGGAAAGUCUGGAUCAUGUUUUCAUUCCAGUGGAGGUAUACAUGAAUGACAAAGGACGCUGUGAAUAAAGAUCAACGGGGCGGUUAGCAGAGCACGCCGAGGUUCUGUCCACAAAGCGAAAACAUUGAUGUUGUUGUUAGCCAACCAGCUAGCACAGGCUGAUAUUUGUUAGCUAGCUAACGGAGGACACUGUUAGCUAACCGCCACCAUCAUCGCUCCUAGCCAGCUGUGCAUCGCCCUGUCUUCCUACGAUGGGAAACGCAGCAACUGCCAAGAAAGGCAAUGAGCAAGAAAGCGGGAAAGGAUCAAUCCUUCGCCAGCCGUUUUUUCCAAAAAUGUCGUAAAAGUAGCCAAGAGCAGAGAGGACAAGAGGGUGAAGUGCCUCAUAUCUCUGAGUACACCAUCCUGUGGGAUAAGUUCAUGAAGGAGUUCUUAGCUAAAGCCAAAGAAGAUUUUUUAAGAAAAUGGGAGUGUCCACCACAGAGUACAACAUGCUUGGAUGACUUUGAUAGGUUCAAGACUCUGGGCACUGGCUCAUUUGGGCGAGUUAUGCUUGUCAAACAUAAAGGAACAAACCAGUUCUAUGCCAUGAAGAUUUUGGACAAACAAAAAGUGGUGAAGUUGAAGCAGAUAGAACACACACUAAAUGAAAAAAAAAUACUACAGGCAGUCUCCUUCCCCUUUCUUGUCAGAUUGGAGUACGCUUUCAAGGACAACUCAAACCUCUACAUGGUAAUGGAAUAUGUGCCCGGUGGAGAGAUGUUCUCACACCUCAGACGUAUUGGAAGGUUCAGUGAACACCAUGCACGAUUUUAUGCAGCUCAGAUAGUGCUCACCUUUGAGUACCUUCACUCCUUAGACCUCAUCUACAGAGAUCUGAAGCCUGAAAACCUGCUCAUAGAUCAACAUGGGUAUAUCCAGGUGACAGAUUUUGGCUUUGCCAAAAGAGUAAAAGGCAGGACCUGGACAUUAUGUGGAACUCCUGAGUACCUGGCUCCAGAGAUCAUCCUCAGCAAGGGCUACAACAAAGCUGUGGACUGGUGGGCUCUUGGAGUUCUUAUAUAUGAGAUGGCUGCCGGUUACCCUCCCUUUUUUGCUGAUCAGCCUAUCCAGAUCUAUGAAAAGAUUGUGUCUGGCAAGGUGCGAUUCCCCUCUCACUUCAGCUCUGACCUGAAGGAUCUGUUGAGAAACCUGCUUCAGGUCGACCUGACGAAGAGAUUUGGCAACCUGAAGAAUGGCGUGAAUGACAUAAAAAAUCACAAGUGGUUCUCCACCACAGACUGGAUUGCUAUCUACGAGAGAAAGGUUGAAGCCCCUUUCUUGCCAAAGUGCAGAGGACCUGGAGACACAAGCAACUUUGACGACUAUGAAGAGGAGGACAUUCGAGUCUCACAAACAGAAAAAUGUGCAAAAGAGUUUGCUGACUUCUAGUGAGUGGGCAAAAGUCCCAUCAGGGCUCGUGUGUUUUGGGAUGUUUCCACUCUCCGGAGAGUUGAGGUGUAACUGAGACUGUCAUGUGUUCAAGUGAAAUGCCUCGUUCCUUCAUUCCACACCACUGAAUGAGGUCCUUCUUGCCAUGAUCCUGUGCACACCUAGCACUAACCUAUACACAGGCACAUUAUGCAGACACCCCUUGUGCUGCAACACAAAAAUACAAAUCAUAUCAUUGUCUUCUUUCAUUUUUUUUUUUUUUUUUGUUUGCCCCUUUUCAGCAUCUCCCACCUUUUUAUUUCAAUACAAAUAAUAUUUGUAAAGCAACAUGAAAGAUAGUAUUACUCCCAUUUUUAAAUGGCACAAAGAGUGAUUGAUUUUACUGGCUGAUGUUGUACAUUUUGUGAUUUAAGCUUGAGAAAAAUGGAAGAGGUUCUUUUGAUUUGAAUUUAUUGCAUUGAGUUUUGCUAGUUAUCUGUCAUUUGUUGCAGGACGUGCUUGAGUGUGGUUUAAGGUUUAGGUUAUUUUUCAUUAAUCAAGAACACUUUAAACCAUAGCUCAUUAUUCUGGUGUCUUUAAGACCUAGAACAAUGUAUUUGGGCAUAUAGAAAUAUACAUAUGAGACAUGCUUUUAAAACACUGAUGACAAGUGAGUGACUGAUGACAAGUGUUACUAUGAAGCAGAAACUUGUCAGUGCUGUAAUAGUUGGUCAUUUGUAGCAUCAAUUUAUCCAUAUCUAGUCACAGGACAUUUCGUUUUACCUCAGACUAGGUGUGGUAUAGAAUGAAAUAAUAUAUUUUUUUUUAGGUGCAACUGUUUCACAAGAAAGGAAACUGAUGUUUGAGUAUGUCACUGUACAACAGGUCGUCUGUCUUCGGUACGUUCAAAAUUAUAUGAAGUGCAUUGACAUAGCAUUUUUCAAUAGCUGAAUAGAUGUCAGUUUUCUCUUGAGGGUAUAUUGUUGUGGAAACAAUGCAGUGUUGGUCACGUGAACAUGCUGCAUGUCCAUUUGGGAUUGCUUUUCGAUUUUGUUUUUAAGGCUAUUUGUGCUUUAGUGGAGCACUCGGAAGUCCUUGUGUAACUGCCAUAUUUACUUUAUUUUGAUUUUUACUUCUGCAUGUUUGUUACAUUUGUACAGCAGUGUUACAACAAGCUCAUAGUGCCUAUUUUUAAUUGUUCUUUGUUUUGUUAGCCUUUAAAUUGUUUUCUAGCCAGGGACAUUGACAGGGAUUUUAUCUAAGGGACAUAUUCCUCUGCAUCGUCCCAUAAACGCAAAAAUAAAUCACGAAAUAUGCGUUAACCAUGAAAUAAUAACAGAGAACUGAAAUGAUAUGACCUCCAAGUAUUUUUUCAUCUUGCUCACUGCUUCUUUGAACAGUCAACUUGCUGCAGUUAUGUCUUGUAUUGUCUUUGCAUCAUCACUUUCUAACCAAUGUGCACACUGUAAUGGGGCGACAUUUGCUCUUUCUUCACUGCAGAAAUGUUCAGGCUGAGUCUAGUCAGUUAGAGAAUGUCAAUGGACAACAGUGUUUUGGUCCAGUCUCAUAUCUUCAAAGGGAAAAGGGUCAAGAGUGAGUUUUAAAGAAUGUUUUUUUUUUCUUUAUAAGCUACUGUUGUUAAGUUAUUGUCUACACUUAUUUAUUGUUUUCUUCCCUCAAGAGAAAUACUGGUUUUAUGAGGGAUUUUUCUAUACUGGCCACCGGUUGACAAUACCUACAAGUUCAAUACUUACAAGGCCAAGGUGUCCACUUCUUGAACUUCCAGAUGUCAGAAAAGUUCUGCUUUAGUGAUAUCUUUAUUCCUUUUUAGAAGGAAAUUUGCCUUUGCUGUCUACAGUAGGUCAAAGCUGAACGUAUUUCCUGCAGGUCUGCCACUCAGGGCUGUGGAAAAAUCAAAAACCUUCCUGAAAACAAAGCAUUGUUGACAGUCUUUCAAUUUAAAGUCUUUGCAAGUUUUGAUCAUUAUUUGACAUGGUGCUCAAGUUUUUGUAGAUGAGGAAAAAUGUAAUUUAAUAAAAUUCAGAAGUCACAGACAGCCAAAUGUGAAGCGGUUUGGAACUGAAUGGUUUUUUUUGCGGUACUGAUGCACAUAUGGAUAUUGUCUGAAUUUAAACUUUUGUUUUUCAUAGAUUGAGCACAUCGUGACAUUUUGCUUAGACCUAAUUUUAUUUCACAAGGCACAACUGUUUCUUAUGCUAUUUUAUUUAUAUUGAGAUGUCUAAUAAAAAACAUUUUAAAUGUUUAUCAGUGUGUAUAAGGAGACUCCAAUGUUCACAAAAGUGUUAUAAACAGUGAAUAUAUUGAAUUAUUUGUACAAAUUUUUAGUUACCCUUAUAAGAAUAAAACAUUUAUAGAAAUAAACACAUUUACCGCAGUUAUUACACAUUGAUGCCUCUCAUACCUAUUUAAAAUUAUAAGCUUUUAUUUUUAACUCAAACCAGUGGCAUUUUUAUUUGGACAAAGUUUAAAAGCUAAACCUCAAGAUUCUGCAUGUUUCGGUCAAAACGUCUUGUCUGUAAAUGUUUAAUGGAGUGAAGGAAAUCCACAGCUCUCAUGUCAUUUAUGCCCCAUGUGUGUAAUAAUGUUAGUCAUAUUUAAUGUAAAUGAUGCCACACUUCCCUGAGCCAAUUCUCAAUUCUGACUGAAGGAAAUCAGUUCUUUGUAGGUAGUCUUACAUGCUUGUAUGGGAAUUUUAAUCUGACUUGUCUGCGUUUAGUUUAUGGGAUAUUUUGCACAUCAUUUAGAAGGCUGACGCUUUUCGCACUCAUAUUGACACGUUUGCAAGGGGGAUAUACUUUGCUGUAGCAAGUUUUAUGUAACAAAGA